AUGACAGCACUCGUGGAGGAAAUAAGGGAGAAGUACUCGUUGUCGCUAUCAGCUGACUACGUCGAGCGUUGUUUGCAGUCGAAGGCGUCGCUGACCUCCCUAGAGCUUUAUCAGAAAUCGCUUUCGGAAAACUUACGGGAUAUCUGCGGCUCAAGCCUGCUGCCGUACGGGAUUGCCACCCAGGUCUCUGCCACCCUUCCCAACGCUGUCGUCAUGCAAAUCAACGCGUCGCGAGACGCUACGCAGCCGUUGCGUCCCUGCGCGGAUACCUCUGAGGAGGAAGCUAUUCUCAAUGCUGCCGUUCAGCGCAACUCCAGCAAACGUCUGCUGCGAUUGCAGCUGACUGACGGAAAUGUCGAGCUCCCAGCGCUGGAGCUGUCCACCUUGCGCGUGUUCAAGGGAAUCCCGACCCCUGGUGAGAAGGUGUUGAUUCACAAGGAUGCCGAGGUGCAUAACGGCUGCAUCAUCUUCUCCGAAAGCAACGUCUCCUUGCUCGGCGGUGAGGUGCAUCAGCUGAAGCAGGACUUCCUCGCCCACCGCCGCCGACUAGAGGCUGGGUAUCAGACGAGCAACGGCCUCGAUGGGGCACCUCGUUUUGCGCCUCUGAUGGUUGGGCAGCAGUACCACCGUAAUGUGACGCACAUUGGUUCCUCAGCUGACAUGGGACAGCACGGUGGAACUACACUGUGCAACGCGAACGGGCGUGGGAGAGGGCGCGGGAGCUACGCUCACAGCGGUGGCGGUGCCGGCUAUGCCCAGCAAGCAAACGAUAGCUAUGGGAGGCGUGGCAGGGGCGGCGGUCAUAGCAGGGGAGGUCGGGGCAGCCGCGGUGGUGAUAACGCUUAUGGAAACGACGGUUGGCGUAGUGGGGGGAGGGGCGGUGGUGGCCACGGUGGACGAGGCGUUGGUGGUGGCGUCAACUACUGCGGGCGUGUCGGGGAUGUAUCGCACCACGUUGACACCGCAAACUUCCAGCCGUGCACGGAGAAGUUUCCGGAGAUUAACGAGGCAAAUUUUCCGCGGCUGGUAUGA